GAUUCUCCCACGUGACCCAGCCAGGACCUGGGAGAGAGGUGGGGCGAAAGAGGCCGGGACACAGUCCGGUCACGUGGCAGUCAUGUGACGCGAUCCCGGAAGUCCGCGGCGGCAACGUUUCGGGCGCUGGUGGGCCUGGAGCUGUGGCGGCAUGUUCUCGGCGGGCGCGGAAAGUCUGCUGCACCAGGCCAGGGAGAUCCGGGAUGAGGAGCUACAGCGUUUCUGCUCCCGGGUCACUAAGCUGCUGCAGGAAGCCCCAGGGCCAGCCACCGUGGAUGCCCUGCAGAGGCUCUUCCUCAUAGUCUCGGCCACCAAGUACCCCCGCAGGCUGGAGAAGAUGUGUAUGGACCUGUUACAGGCCACGCUCUGUUUGCCUGCCAGCCCUGAGCAGCUCCAGGUCCUCUGUGCUGCUAUCUUGAGAGAGAUGUCACCUUUCAACGACCUGGCCCUGUCCUGUGAUCACACCCCAAACACCCGGCAGCUUAGCCUUGUGGCCUCUGUGCUCUUGGCCCAGGGAGACAGAAAAGGAGAGAUCAGACGUGUGAGCCAGCGCAUCUUCAAGAUCCUCGAGAACCGGCAGCCUGAGGGGCCCAGUGUCAGGCCCCUCCUCCCCAUCCUGUCCAAGGUCAUUGGCCUUGCCCCAGGCAUCCUCAUGGAAGACCAGACCAACCUGCUCAGCAAAAGGCUGGUAGACUGGCUCCGCUAUGCCAGCAUCCAGCAGGGGCUUCCAUACUCAGGGGGCUUCUUCUCCACGCCCAGGACCCGGCAGCCCGGUCCCAUCACUGAGGUAGAUGGAGCAGUGGCUUCUGACUUCUUCACGGUACUCUCCACGGGCCAGCACUUCACAGAGGACCAGUGGGUGAACAUGCAGGCCUUCUCCAUGCUGCGGAAAUGGCUGCUGCACAGUGGCCCCGAGGACCCCGGCAGUCCUGAUGCAGAUGACAAGUCAGAGCUUGAGGGCUCCACCCUGUCUGUGCUGUCUGCGGCCUCCACUGCCAGUCGACUGCUGCCCCCUCGGGAGCGGCUGAGGGAGGUGGCCUUUGAGUACUGCCAGCGCCUGUUGGAGCAGAGUAACCGGAGAGCGCUGAGGAAGGGGGACUCAGACCUACAGAAAGCUUGCCUGGUGGAAGCUGUGUUGGUGCUGGAUGUGCUGUGCCGGCAGGACCCCUCCUUCCUCUAUCGCACCCUCUCCUGCCUGAAGGCCCUGCACAGGAGGCUGGGCGAGGACCCUGGCAGUGAGCGGGCACUGGUGCCUCUUGCCCAGUUCUUCCUGAACCAUGGGGAAGCAGCUGCUAUGGAUGCAGAGGCCGUCUAUGGGCAGCUGCUCGGCGGUCUCCCUUCUGAGCGCUUCCACAGCCCGACCCUGGCCUUUGAGGUCAUACACUUCUGCACACACAACCUGGCUCUCUUCGACCCUCACUUUCUCAGCCUUCUCAGGCUGAGCUUCCCAAGUCUGUUCAAGUUGCUGGCUUGGAACAGCCCUCCUCUCACUGCCGAGUUUGUGGUCCUCCUCCCCGCUCUCGUGGAUUCUGGCACAGCCGUGGAGAUGCUGCAUGCACUGCUUGACCUGCCCUGUCUGACUGCCGCCCUGGACCUACAGCUCAGGUCCACACAGACCCCGUCGGAAAGGCUGCUUUGGGAUGUCUCCCUCAGGAUCCCCAGCUGCCUGGAGGCCUUCCAGGACCCACAGUUCCAAGGGCUCUUCCGGUACCUGCUUCGUACCAAGGCCAGCGGCUCCGCAGAGAGGCUGACACCACUUCACCAGGUGCUGAAGCCCAUGGCCAGCUGUGCCCGGGUAACCCAGUGUGCGGAGGCGGUGCCCGUCCUGCUUCAGGCCUUCUUCUCGGCUGUGACCCAGACGGCCAACGGGGCCCUGAUCAACCAGCUGGCACUGCUGCUCCUGGAGAGGAGUGACUCCCUCUAUCCAGUCCCUCAGUAUGAGGCCCGUGUGCACGGGGUGCUGAGCUCCCAGCUCCUGCUGCUGUGUAAGCUGAAGCCGUCGCUGGUGGUGGAGCUGUCACGAGAGCUCCUUGAGUUCGUGGGGAGCGUGAGCAGCAUCCGCAGCCGAGCCAGCAUGGUCACUUGUGUGGUGUGGGCCAUUGGCGAGUACCUGUCCGUGACCUGCGACAAGAGGUGCACAGCGGAGCAGAUCAACAAGUUCUUUGAAGCCCUGGAAGCCCUGCUGUUUGAAGUCAUCCAGUCCCGCCCCUUAGCCGACUUGCCCUGUUGUCCUCCAGAGGUGGUCACUGCACUCAUGACCACGCUGACCAAACUAGCCUCCCGGAGCCAAGACCUGAUCCCAAGGGUGUUGUUGUUCCUGUCCAAAAUGCGAACUCUGGCCCAGAACCCAGCCACCAGCUCUGUGCACAGUGAAGAGGGUGUGGCAUCCAUCCGGACCCGGGCCGCGGAGCUGCUGACCCUCCUGAAGAUGCCCAGUGUGGCCCAGUUUGUGUUCACACCCCCCGCGGGCGUGUGCCAGCCUCGCUACCACCAGGACACCAACGUGGCCCUGCCUCUGGCUCUGCGCACGGUCAGCCGGCUGGUGGAGAAGGAGGCUGGCCUCCUGCCAGCUUGAAGGGACAGUCCCCACCUGAACAGUACCUACAGCUUGAGAGCCUGGGCCGUCAGCAGUGUUGGAGCUGAGCUGCAGGCGUGGGUGGACAUGGCUGUCAGGAUGGGGUCACCAGCCCCUGGGGAUGAGUCAUCUCACCUUGUCUCGGGCUGGCCAGUCAGCCUUGAGCAGCCGGUAGGCGACUGAGUGUUACUUCCUAGGCCCAGCAGGUUACUUGCUGCUGUUACUCAUUUCUAGACUUGGGGGCAGGGAACAGUGCAGGAAAAAUAAACUAAAAAAUUAUUUAUGCUGGGCAGUGGUGGCGCACGCCUUUAAUCCCAGCACUUGGGAGGCAGAGGCAGGCAGAUUUCUGAGUUCAAGGCCGGCCUGUAAGUUCCAGGCCAGGACUACACAGAGAAACCCUGUCUCAAAAAAAAAAAAAAAAAAAAAGAAAGACCAAAAGAGAAAGAAUCAUUUACUGUUCUGUGUAGGUGCUUGCACACACCGCAGUGCACACGGAGCUCAGGUACUGGUACUUGGGUCUCUCCUAAAGCCAUGUGGGUCUUGGCUGGUUGCCUGGCUCGAUCACAAGCGUCUUUACCUACUGAGCCAUUUUGCCUGCCCCCAAGUAAACCUUCCAGUGCUGUGUACAGCCCAGACCCCUCUGCCUUCCUCAGGCUGGGAGAGAGCCAGGAACCUGGGCUGCUGCCUUCCCACCCUGCCCUCUGUAGAGGGAAAUACCUGGGUCUCCUGAUUGGCUCCUGUGUCCUUGAUGUGACAGAAAUGACAUGCUCUGGAGCUGAAACUAUGCCACAUAGCCCUGCCUGAGUUUAAUCCUGAGUGUAACCCUAAGCAUGGGGUACACACUGUAAUCCCAGCACUCAGAAGGUGGAGUGAAGUUCGAGGAAGGUCAGAAGUUCGAGGUCAGCCUUGGGUAGGUAAUAACUUGAAGUGCAGCCAGGGCUACAAAAGAAAUUGGGCCUAGAAGAUGACUCAGCACAUAAAAGGCCUUGCUAGAUGAGCCUGAUGACCCAGGGUUGACCUUGGUGUAAGACCCCCCUUGGUGUAUACCCAACUGCGAAGACAGUAGUUCAAAUCUCAAAGGCUUGCUAGAGCAGUGGAAGAACAAGCCGGAAGGCAAGAACCAACUCUCAGAACGCACGCCAUGCCUUGUCACAUGAGACAUUUUAAAAGCUAAAUAAAACUCAAGGUGUGUUCAUG